GCUUGGGGGGGGGUGGGCAAAGAUGGCGGGCUCCAGCGACAUGGGACGUGAAGGGAAAGACAAAUCUCAGGAUAGAGGCGCUUCUAACGCAGAACUCUUACUACACCCCGAGCUCCUGUCUCAGGAGUUCAUCCAGUUGGUUCUGAAUGAGAAAAAGAUAACCACCGGAGACUAUGGGAGCCGCGUCCAGCUCACGGAUCUCUACCUCCGGCACGUCAUCCCCCUCCCGCAGAGAGCGCUGCCAAACAACCGCUGGGGAAAGAGGAUGGAGCAGACCCGAGCGCGACAGAGCACAGACAGUGGACAGUCUCAUAGCUCCGGUAACGACCACAACAGGAAGAGGCCUCUGAUCGGGUUCGAUGGCAGCUCCUCUAAAGUUGGCCCCGUCAGACUGAAGAAGCCAGAGGGUCAGACCUCAGGGUCAGGGGUGACAGACAGAUUCAAGCCCCCUCCCUCCAUGAACCUCUUCAAGCCCAUACGCAAGCUGUCCAGCACCACCCCUACCCCCUCCUCGUCCUCCCACAGCACAGGAGGCCCCCACAGGAGUCCCACAGGGAACAAGGGUCCGGGGAGCCCCCCCACCUCGGUUAAUCUCAAACGGGAGGCAGACAGCUCGGAUGAACUCAAAGACAAGAAAAAGAUCCAAAAAGUGACAUGGCCCUGACCCUUGACCCUACCGAGAGACCCAUCACUCCACUAUAGAGCAGUGAUGAGCCCCCUCACACUGCGGGGAAUUCUCUGCCAGUCGGGACAACCACAGAACUACUCUAAUUUUUGGGGUGGUGACUUCAGUCCUCAUUUACCUACCUGGACCCCGGAACUACUCUCUGACCCUUUACCUGACCCUCAAGUGUCCUUACAGUGAGUACUCUGCUCCUGUCCCACAGCACCCUCCCAUGGAGCCAGACCACAGCACCCUCCCAUGGAGCCAGACCACAGCACCCUCCCAUGGAGCCAGACCACAGCACCCUCCCAUGGAACUAGAGUUAACUGGGACUAUACUGACUUACUGCAGGCAUGGCACCACAAUAUUUCUAUGUCCAUAAGUAUUUUGUGGAAUAAGCAGUUUAACCCUCAAUACUGUUCUAUGCAUUAUAAUUCUGUGAUGUCACCUACCUGAAAUCCUCUUACAGUAGUUUCAGAGUUCAGUCUUCCAGUGCUGGUUAGAGAGCUUGAGUUAAGGAGGCUGAUUGUGCUUAACUUGAUAGGAAACCUUUGGGUCUGCAAUGCUAAGUGCUUAUGCAUCUUCAUAUGUCUGUGUGGCCGUACCAUAUCCACAUGUAUUGCAAACAGUGGGUCAUGACAGGUUAGGGAUUGUAAGUGUUUUGAUAGUGAUUAGGUAGGAUCCUCAGUAGGGGGAAACAUCGCCACUGGCCGCCCCACCACCGUUAUUGUUUUUGUUGCCGAGCUGAGGAGCGUCAUCAUAGUAAAACUAAUUGUAGUACAUAUUGUGCUCUUCUAUCGUGCGUGCAAUGAUGUCAGAGUGGGUAACUUAUUUGUUCCUGUUUCACCAUUUUAAUGAUUCCAGCUUUAUUGUAUUAGUACUGUGACACUUGAAUUUGUAAUGGGAUGUUUAGCUAGUGUGUAUUGCCUUGUAUGAAGCCUUGAGUGGGGGUGCAUUUGAAUGAAAUGGAGGUGAACAACUAGAUGGUGCCAGAGAAUCAGUCCUUCAUGAUUUGCAAGUGCCUGAGAAAGACGUUGCUCCUGGUCUAGGAUCAGAUUAGCCAACCUUGAAUCCUACCCUUAACCAUUAGGGCAUCAAAGCAUACCUGACCCAGGACCAGCAGUUAGGGGCAACUUGUACCAACUCGAUGGCAUUGUUCAGCGUUUCUCAAAUAUGCAUUUAGCCGCCACUGCAAUUUUAUAAUGUAGAUGUAUAGAGGAAGUCCCCAUCCACUGCCCCUUAUUGGACCCCAUCCUCUGCUAACUCUGCCACCGCAGCUGAAAAAACUCCUAGAGGAAACAGUGUUGUUAACUUCAUGUCACUUCCUUAGUCAUACAAGGUGUUCAGCAGUUGGUGUAUUUUUAUAGUUCUUUAUUUGGACUUCAGACACUGACUUUCCAUCGGAGCCUUUGGAAAAUGACUGAGGGCUCUCACUUCAAUAGUCACGAAUGGGUCAGGGUUACCAAGCAUUUGCACCAGUGUCAGUCAAAUGUAUACUUGUUGGGGGUGAUAAUAAACAGAGCUUAAAAACCAAA